AUCCACCAUGUCAACAUGGUCUUCGAUUCAGCAGUGGCGCGAUGAGAUGGCUGCGGCGGAGUCAAGCUACGACAGGGAGCGUUCCGUGUCUCUGUUGAACCUUGAUCCCAGCUUCUUCGCUUCACACUUUGACGAAGUUCUUACGCAUGUGCUGGUGAAUGUGGCUCCGGCGUGGUUUACGGCGACGCAAGUGCCAACUUCUGGAAUUUCAAGCAACCCACUCCUUGACGCUAUAGAUGCUCUCUUGAGCGUCCAGACAGCGCAAACCCUUGCAGUGCAUCACGCUCGUCCGAUUCAGACUCUCUUUCUUACACUGACAGCAUGGCAGCCUGCAUGGAGCGAUGUCACGUGUCUCAUGUGUGGCCGCGCACUCCAAGAUUUUGUUGGUCGCGGUGGUGUUUCACACCUCUUUUCUGAAUUAUUGCGUCAAAAGGCCAAUGAAGCCUCCGCUGACAUUGUGGUCACACGGAUCGGGGCCAUUCCAGCGAAAAUGCAUAACUUGUACCGCCACGAAACACCCACGUGCUUUGUGCCUUACAAUUACUACGCCAAGCUAGUCCAAGCAUUCCUGACGGCCAUGCGAUCGCAGACAACAACUGACGACAACACCCACACAGAACCUGCUAUGAUCACUCGACUGUUCCUUUUGAAGCUCUCACGUCAAGCUCAAUUGAAUGCUUUUGUCAAAGGAUGGCUGGACGAUCCGUCUCAUCCCCAGGACUCUCAUUUGGCCAAGAUGCUUCCAUCGAUCUGCUUUGCAUCGCUCGUGCCAUCUGUGAUCGCGCAUCUUGAUGCAGCUCAGCACACGUCGGCGAUUCCGGCACCAUCUUGGCUAAACCUGCUUGUCGGCCAUCCAAUCUGCCAACAUGAAUUGACCAAACUAGUGCUGCAUACUCCGUUGCACGUACAAACCCACCGAAUGCUCGCACACGUGUUGUACAGCACUCAAUCAACGUCGACCGAGCCAUCUACGCCCUUUGACACCGUUUUUCAUCGCGUUGUGGUCUCAUGGUCGUCGAUAUCCACCAACUCUGCUGAAACCAAACGAUGCGUAAGCACGGCGCAGUUUCUCACCGCCGGCUUGGCUCUCUUGUCGCAGUCCACGACGACUCCGAAAGCAAUUUUGGAACAACAUGGAUGGAUCGAAUACUUGUGCAAAGGCGUCCAAGAACACAUGGGCCAUGCUCUCGGCCCCGUACGCCAUUCCGCCAUGCGUGUGGCGACGGCGUUGUCGCGCAUCUUGACACCAGAAUCGCCGCUUCAAUUUCAUGACCUGCCUCCAGACGAACAUGACAGCGUUGCGCAGUUGGCCGAAGACUCCAUGUCCAGGACAAUGCCAACCGAAGCGCACGCCCAUCCGCCCGAACAAAAUGACGUCGUGGAUGGUCGUCCAAGUGACAAACACACGCAUGACGACGAAGAUGACGAGUUCGAUGCGGUCGUGCGAAGCGACAGCGAAGACGACGAUAACGUCGAUGAGCGUCAAUCGGAUGUGAGUUUGGAGCCGUACGAUGACCUGAGCGACACAGACGACGACGCACAGGAGCUCAGUGCCGUCCCUGACGAAAGCAAUUACAUUGAUCUAGUGCUGGCUCGACGACCUCCGCUCGUGUAUCUAUGGCAAGUGAAGGAAGGUUUGAUAGCCGAAGACAACCGCGACGCUACCGAAGUCGCCCUUGCGUCGCUUCCACGCAUCAUUGCGCGGCAGCCGCACGAUUUACCGCACAUGGCCGUCGAGAUUGCAACCGUCCUCCUUCGACUCGAGGAUGCUUUCCAAACGCCUCAUUUCGACUCCCUUCGGCGGCAAUCUCUCGUUGGUCUCUGCGUGCACGUCCCGGACGUAGUCACCCCCAUGCUGUGCGCGUACAUCUACGACAACCAGCGCUUGUUCCAGACCAAGCUCGACAUUUUGCAGGCUGUUGGCGACGCGUCCUCCGAGAUCAGAUCGACUCCAAUGCGCGCACGCAAAUCCCUCCACAACGCGGCGCAGUUUUUCUUUCCGUUGCUGAAUCCACUCCACGCCAAGCUGAUGCAACUCAACAUCACGCGACUCCAUGGUGACCAGGACAAGCCCACGUGGGGUGACAGUCAUGGCAGACACGUCUUGGACGAUCUCUUGAUGGCGCAUGUGCUCCAGACGCUGUCGAGGGUACUGGAAGCGACGGGACCCCAUUACCCCGCAGUGCUCACGAUGGGCAAGCGAUUCCUCGAGCUGCUCUGGUCGCAGCGAAACCACGAAUUGCCCAGUGUUCGCCGUCAGAUUUUUUUCGGCCUGAGCCGUGUCUUGUUAGUGCUGCCAUCAUUUGCAUGGCAGGAAGAGGUCGACCAACUGAACUUGGGCCCGCAACUCGUGCCCUUCCUCCAACAUCAUACAGCGAUGGACCCCGACGGAGGCUGUCGCGCGGCCGCCAAGUUGCUCCUCGCCACCGUCACCUCAACCGAUCAGCGCUUCAACUAGAGCCACCAACCGUGGACCAUGGCGGCAUCACGUUCGAUCAGAGUUGCUCAGCAACGAAAGCCUCCUUUUCCCGUAAAACAGCCGUUGCUGU